AAGAAGGAGGUGAUUGUUGGGGAGUUAGGAAGAAUGUAUAAAACGAGGGCCAGAGAGAGGGGGAGAGAGUGAAUGAACAGAAAGAGAGCGAAGAAACAUUGGUGGCAAGAUUUCGAAAGCAAUAAAGGACUAUCGAAAAAUCAGAUACCAUGUCCGCCAAUAAGGAUUGUCCACCUCUACUGAUAAUCCUCUUACUGGCCCUUCUUAAUGGCUCCUCCUCCUUUGCCGCACCUUCUGACGUCUCAUGGACCAACCACACAGCCACCCUGCCUCUGAGGCCAAACGGAGACACGUACGACCUGUUGCGCCUCCACUCAGAUGACUACUACGAUGCGUUUACUGAUCCACCCAGUCAGCCCCCACCUACCCCAUCACAGGGCACCAAUCAUCAACCCUGUGACUAUGACCCCUGCCGGGAGCUACAGCCUCCCUGUGCCCAGCUGGCAGCCUCCAGCGGCUGCCUGUGUCCGGGGGUGAGUGGGCCCCAUGCGGCCCCAGAGGCUCCCUACCUGAAGAGACUGUCUAUGGACGGUUCAGGAGUUGUGGUUCAGUGGUGUGCACCCUUUUCUUUCGUGACCCAUUAUGAGGUGGUGGUGGGUGCGCUGGAGCCCUUGCUGUUUGGUGUAGACCAGAGGAGUGGUACUGUGAGGGGGAUGGGGCAGGGGGCAAAGGUGUGUGUGGUGGCGGUGAAUAAUGCAGGAGUCAGUGAGCGUCAGGAGGGGUCCUGUACGAUGUACGAGCCCCCUGGGGACAGCAGUGUGGCCCUCAAAGCUGGGCUGAUCGGAGGGGCCCUGGGGCUCCUGUUGCUCCUCUCACUGGUUGUCCUGCUCUGGAGGCACAGGGCUCGGAGAAAAGCAGAUGCCAGGAUCACCCAGGCCACAGAGGAAACACUAUGAGAGGACUGAGGGGAGGCUAUGGUAGAGGUUGACUCAGGGGUGGCUAUCUAGGGCUGAGAAUAGAGACAUUUUAUUCCUACUCUUCUGGUUAAAAAUAAAAGCCAUGCAGUGUCACACCAAGUUAAACAGAUAUUUAGGAGACCACAUGAUCUCUUGCAACCAGUUACGAGUUACCAGCAGAUGUCUUGAUAAUAGAACAAUGCAGUGAGUCAGUGGUUCCUCAUGCGCCACAUGCAAUUGCUUUGGAGUUGUUAUAAGACUGUUUUGAUAUUUCUAUAUGAUCAGUCCAUAAAUAAUCUAGACCUACAUGCAAAAGUACCUCUCGCGCUUUUGACAAUGAUUUCACAUGAGGCCUAUUUCACAAAUACUUAGGCUCAUAAAUAAACAUGUUUUUCUUUCAAUUAUUUAACUACCUACAUUAUGUUAUUUCAAGUUAUCCAUUUGGAGAGCAAACAUCACCUUGAAUUUUAGGACUCCUUUAGGUAUUAAAAAAUUAUCUAUAUAAAACAUUGAAUUCGGCCUUUACUACUCAAGCCCAUAGAAUGGCAUUGAAUAACACAUUCAUGAAUGUUAAAAAAUACACUAAAAAAAUAUAUUAUAAAGAAUAAGGUUUUGAAGUGUCUGUCCUAUAUCUAGGAGAUAUAAGAAAGCUCAGGAAAUACACUACAUGGUCAAAUGUAUGUGGACACUCAAUCAAUCAGUCAAUGAAUCAAAUGUAUUUAUAAAGCCCUUUUUACAUCAGCAGAUGUCACAAAGUGCUAUACAGAAACCCAGCCUAAAACCCCAAACAGCAAGCAAUGAGGAUGGAGAAGCACGGUGGCUAGGAAAAACUCCCUAGAAAGGCAGAAACGUAGGAAAAAAUCUAGAGAGGAACCAGGCUAUAGGGGUGGCCAGUCAUCUUCUGACUGUGCCUGGUGGAGAUUAUAAGAGUGCAUGGCCAUUUGAGGCCAGAUUGUUCUUCAAGAUGUUCAAACAUUCAUAGAUGACCAGCAGGGUCAAAUAAUAAUCACAGUGGUUGUAGAGGGUGCAACAGGUCAGUACCUCAAGAGUAAAUGUCAGUUGAGACAACUGUACAAUCAUCAAGAUGAAUUGUCAGAUCCAACAGCAGAUCUCUUUGUUUCUUGGGACCUAGAACUAGCAUCUCUGUUUUGUCCGAGUUUAAAAGCAAAACAUUUGCCGCCAUCCACUUCCUCAUGUCUGAAACACAGGCUUCCAGGGUAGACAAUUUUGAGGUUUCACCAUGUUUCAUCGAAAUGUGCAGCUGUGUGUCGUCCGCAUAGCAGUGAAAGUUGACAUUGUGUUUCCGAAUGAACUCACCAAGAGGUAGAAUAAAUAGCGAAAACAAUAGUGGUCCUAAAACGCAACCUUGAGGAACACUGAAACUUACCAUUGAUUUGUCAGGGGACAAACCAUCCACAGAGACAAACUGAUAUCUUUCAGACAGAGGCAAGAACAUGUCCGUGUAGAUCACUUAAGGUUUCUAAUCUCUCCAAAAGAAUGUGGUGAUCGAUGGUGUCAAUAGUAGCAUUAAGGUGCAGAGCCUUGGUCUGGCGCCAUUAAAAUGUAAUUUACCACCUUCACGAGUGCAGUCUCAGUGUUAUAAUGGGGUCUAAAACCAGACUGAAGCAUUUCGUAUAUACAUUAUUUGUCUUCAGGAAGGCAGUGAGUUGCUGCACAACAGCUUGUUCAAAACAUUUUGAGAGCAAUGGGAGAUUCAAAUAGGCCAAUAGCGUUUUACAUUUUCCAGGUCAAGGUUUGGCUUUUUCAAGAAAGGCUUUAUUACUGAUACUUUUAGUGAGUUUGGUACACAUCCAUUGGAUGUGUUAUUAGGUUCAACAUAGGAGGGCCAAGCACAGGAAGUAUCUCUUUCAGUAGUUUAGUUGGAAUAGGGUCCAGUAUGACGGUUUGACGGUUUAGAGGCCAUGACUAUUUUCAUGAACGUGUAAAGAGAUACAGGAUUUUAAAAACUUGAGUGUCUCCAUUGAUCCAGGUCCUGGGAGUUCUGUGCAGACUCAGGACAACUGAGCUUUGGAGAAAUACGCAGAUUCAAAGUAGAGUCCGUAAUGAUCGUGAUCUUUUCAUCGAUAAAGUUAAUGAAUUUAUCACUGCUGAAGUGAAAGCUAUCCUCUUUUGUUGAAUGCUGCUUUUUAGAUAGCUUUGCGACAGUAUCAAAAAUGAAUUUAGGAUUGUUCUUAUUCUCCUCAAUUAGGUUGGAAACAUAGGAUGAUCGAGCAGCAGUGAGGGCUCUUCGAUAUUGCACAGUACAGUCUUACAAGCUAGUCGGAAGACAUCCAGUUUUCUGGAAGCUUUUUUCAGGGCUCUGUAUUUUCUGUAUACCAGGAAGCAAAUGUUUUGUGACAAAUAUUUUUUGUUCUUAGGGGAUCAACUGCAUCUAGGGUAUUACGCAAAGAUCACGCUGAAAGUCCUGCCUCUCCCAUCUCCCAUUUUAUGUUGCAUUUUAUUUCAUCAGAGGAACCAAAACGGCACAAAACAGGCUUCUUAUGAAGCUGCAGAUGUAAAGGACACAUUUUGCAUCAUGAUGAAUCAACAGCAGGCGAGUCAAGUAGAUGGAGGUCUGCCGACGGUCAGGCGCAGAGGCUGAUGCUGCUUCCACUCUACGAUGGGUACACUUCACCCAUCUUGGACUUCCUGGGGGACACUUUUAGACCAUGGUAAAGCUAGGGCAAUAUGGCCACACCAUCUCCAACUACAAGACCAGAACAUGAUAAAAUGCACAAUGUCUCCAGAAGACCCACCCCCCUUCCUCAGUGCAACCAUCAGUCCAAGCCCCAAUGGACCAGGCACAAGUCGGCACAAAGUCGGUCAAGUCCCGAUGGAGAGACACCCCAGUCCUCCAGAAGGAGAUUCCAUCCCAGUGGGACUAAUCAGGCAAAGAAGGGGGUAUAUGCCAAAGUUCUUGCUUACCUACGUGAACCAGCACCCACAGCCACAGAGUCUGAUCCAUCUGUAGUUUUUGGGAUGCUACCAAGACUUCACUUGAUGGCCAAAAGUGGACAUCCAGCAACUGCUGCUAAAGUAUCUGUUUCAAGAUUUAAACAGCGAGUGAGAAUUGAGAGAGCAGAGAUAUUGCAAUGGUGAAUUAUGUUUGUAUGUAUUCAUUGUGCAUACAUUAUUAAAUCGAUUAACCUACA